ACUUAAUUAAGUUUUCCCAAAGUUUGAAUUGAUUGGUCCCAGGUGCAAGCAGGUGUGUCAAUCAACCGACACAUUGAGCGUGUGUCAGGUUCAAGCAAGUGUGUCGUUCAACCGACACAUUGAGCGUGUGUCAGGUGUAAGCAAGUGUGUCGUUCAACCGACACAUUGAGCGUGUGUCAGGUUCAAGCAAGUGUGUCGUUCAACCGACACAUUGAGCGUGUGUCAGGUUCAAGCAAGUGUGUCGUUCAACCGACACAUUGAGCGUGUGUCAGGUGUAAGCAAGUGUGUCGUUCAACCGACACAUUGAGCGUAUAUCAAAACUUUCCACCAUUGGAUUUUUUAGUUCUAUUUGGGAUAUUUACUAUGGGACACGCCCCCUACCGGAAGUAAAAAGGACAUCAGGGACUUUCCCAACGCUCUUGGUGCGUAGUUUGUGACGUACAAUGAAGAGCUUGUAGACAGUGCACGUUAGUAUCUUACCAGAUCGACCCCUGACCCUUGACCCUGACCCCUGACCCUCUUGAUUUCCCUCCCGGGUCACAUCGGACACGCCCAUAUGCUUAUAACAGAGAUGGCCACGCCUAUCAACCAGGCCAACUCUACGUCACCUGCACCAGGUCUGAAAGAUGGAUCGGCCUCACUGUCUCAGAGCAUGGAUAGUGUCAACACAGCUGUAGACGAUGAGCUCAUGCCCUCAGGGGGAUCUGUUCUCGAGGUCCGCACCCUGUUUGUCUCUGGUCUCCCAAUGGACGCCAAGCCACGCGAGCUGUACCUGCUAUUCCGUGCCUACAAGGGCUAUGAGGGUUCCCUGCUUAAAAUAACCAACAAAAAUGGAAAAAAUACUUCACCUGUCGGGUUCGUGACCUUCAGUUCCAGGAUGGCAGCAGAAACAGCUAAACAGGAUCUUCAGGGCGUCAGGUUUGACCCAGAUUUGCCACAGACAUUACGACUGGAGUUCGCCAAAUCCAACACGAAGGUGACCAAACCUAAGCAAGCAUCGCCCCAACCGACAGCAGCACACCCGACCACCAUCAUCCACCCCAUCACUGGUCAGGAAUUAGGGGCCGCCUUUUUUCCUGGGGGCCCAGAAGCCUGGGCCACCGCGCCUACACUAGCACCGUUUCCAGAACUUGCACCAGCACCGCCCCCUGGGGCAGGACUCCCCCACCCCGCCCUACUCUCCCACCACCACCACCCCGCUGCACUGGCUCCCAUGCCUCUAAGGAUUCCGAUGCGGGUCAGCCCCAUCUUUGCCCCGCCUCCAAUGCGCAGUAAUGUUCAGCAUACAACGCUUCUAGCUCCACCCCCUACCCCUGUAGCCGCCCCCACGGCCGGACAGCCGCCCACAUUAGUGUCAGCUCCAAUUUUAGCUAACCCGCCGACUUUGACCUACUCCUGGCACCAUCCGUGCAUGACCACUAGUCCGGUUAUGUACUGCUCCCCGACAUCUUCUCCAGAAAAUGGUGGAGCAUUUACUGUUAGUAUCCCCAACUGUAUACCCACAUCUUCCCAGUCAAGUCUUUCGCUUGCCUCCCCCUGUUCAACUUUAUUUGUUGCCAACUUGGGCCAGUUCAGCUCAGAACAAGAGCUCAAGGAUUUGUUUAGCAGUUUCCAAGGUUUUGUUCGCCUGAGAAUGCACAACAAAGGGGGAUCACCAGUUGCUUUUGUAGAAUUCCAGGAUGUCAGGCAAGCACAGGAAGCUAUGACCAGACUUCAGGGCUUUGUCCUGCUGUCCUCUGACCGGGGGGGUAUCAGGAUUGAGUACGCCAAGAACAAGAUGGGGGAAGUGUAUUUCCUGCCCCCACAAUUCCCUGGAGGGAAAGAGAUUCCAAUAGUGCAGUCCCCUGUGUCAAUGGCAGCUGUCUUCUAGAGUCAAGGAGCGUGUGUCCCAAUUGAUCAGCUUCACACAGAUCAUGUAAAUACCAAUUGAUUGAAAUGGAGAUAGGGGUUUUUUAAUGUUUGAAUUCUCAUAGCCAUGUUACACUGUAUAAGAAAAUAUUUUGCAAGGUUUUUAUGAAAAAAUUGGUGACUCAAAUAUAAAAUAAAGGAAAAACUAAAACAUAAGUAUACAAUAGUGUUGGGUUAGGGCUAGAGCAUACAAUAAUGUUGGAUAGAUCAAUCAAAUCUGUUUUAUUGAGUAGCAAAAAGAAAAUGUCAUUGAUGAAGUACAUUUAUGCUUUCAUCUUUUGUAGCAUAAUAUUUAAUAUUGAAAUAUGGUUUUUACUGUGUGUUCUCUUUUUUAUUUAUUCUUUUUAUAUUUUAUAAUAAUCUUUUUGAUUAAUGUCAUUGUAUUCAUUGCCUAUUGUUGACUUGCCUCAAGUUGACAUUUGUAAUAUUGACUUGUCUCAAGUUGACAUUUGUAACAUUGACUUGUCUCAAGUUGACAUUCGUAAUGUUGACUUGUCUCAAGUUGCCAUUUGUAAUGUUGACUUGUCUCAAGUUGACAUUUGUAAUGUUGACUUGUCUCAAGUUGACAUUUGUAAUGUUGACUUGUCUCAAGUUGACAUUUGUAAUGUUGACUUGUCUCAAGUUGACAUUUGUAAUGUUGACUUGUCUCAAGUUGACAUUUGUAAUGUUGACUUGUCUCAAGUUGACAUUUGUAAUGUUGACUUGUCUCAAGUUGACAUUUGUAAUGCUGACUUGUCUCAAGUUGACAUUUGCAAUGUUGACUUGUCUCAAGUUGACAUUUGUAAUGUUGACUUGUCUCAAGUUGACAUUUGUAAUGUUGACUUGUCUCAAGUUGACAUUUGUAAUGUUGACUUGUCUCAAGUUGACAUUUGUAAUGUUGACUUGUCUCAAGUUGACAUUUGUAAUGUUGACUUGCCUCAAGUUGACAUUUGUAAUGUUGACUUGUCUCAAGUUGACAUUUGUAAUGUUGACUAGCCUCAAGUUGACAUUUAUAAUGUUGACUUUGAAAUGUGUAUUAUAGUAGUGUUACAUAUGCAGGGACAUGAAACGUGAUGCUAUUUAUUAUGUCUACAGCUGGGGUAAACUUGGGGACUCCAUACGUCAACUGGACCCUAUGUGACAUGGGUCUCAAACAUUUUCUAAAUUCUAAGUACCCUUGUUCCUUAGAGUGGCAAUAUGUUCCUCCCCCAGACUCUCCUGUUUGGUGAGGGGAGACAAGCACUAAUCUCAUGCAAUAGUUGAGCUCAGGACUUGCUUCCCCUUUACAGUUUGGCCUUUACGGUCCUUUUACUCAUCUGAAUUAUUUCCCUUCUUCUUGUAACUUUGAAGCAAUCAACGAAAAUCUUGUACUAAUCCACUGGAUGAUGGAUGAAGUGUUGAGACUACAUGUCUUAUUGUGAUAACUGUACUAGCAACCACUGGCCAUAACCAGUCAACUUUGUUAAACCAUCAGUUGAACCAUCAGUUGAACUAGAAGUAAACUUUUGUUUGACAUGUGCCAACUUUAUUUUUCUCAUGAUUUUCAGUUUUGCUUUCUAACAGUUCUGGAGAAUUUUUAUCCGAUUGUUUUUUAUGUAGCAACUUUUAAUAAUUUGAAUUAGCAAUAUAAUUGGUUUGUUUACUUGAGCAAUAUUUAUAGCCAGCAAUCUUUGAAUGAUAAGCAAAUUUGUUGAGUGUUUAAACAUUUUUUUAUGUUGCAUAAUACAUGCUGGGUUCAAGAUGGCUCAAGAAAAAAAUCCUCAUAAAAGAUUCAGUCUACACUACACGCACGCAGUUCAACAUGCACGCAGUUCUGGCCUUUAAAACCUACAAACCUGGCCACUUAACUAAAGGGUUAACCCUUUAAGUGCUUAGCUGUGCAAUAAUUAACAUAAAAUCCUAAUUAGAUGAAGUUUUACAAAAUUGAUCCAACUAUCUUUGUAAACCUGAAAUGUGUAAGACUUGACCUGUUUGUUGUUAGAACAGGUGUUUUGACAGGUCCGGUUGAUUGUGUUUACAUUUUUUUUCUCAUUUCUUGUUUGAUGUGUUAAAAUCUUAUCAGCUUUUUGUGAUUUGAAUGCUUGGACUCCUUUGAGGCAGAAAGUUGUUUCAAGUCAUGUGAUUGAUGUCAUGUGACUUAUUAUUCUAGUCUUGAUGAUCUCCACUCUCUCUCAUAGCAUUUGACUCUUCCACACAGAAGAUAAAUUUUCUAAGAACUAGACAGGCUUUGGGCCUACCUACUGCUUUAGACAUGUUAUUUAGUUCAACGGUCUAAGCUUCAAAAACAUUUUUUUUUUACUAUUCGACUUUUGAGUUUUGUUAAAAGAUGAACUAUUGCAAAAAUUGUGCUUUAAUCUUUAUGAGGAAGUGUAAACCACAUAGAAUUGCUUUGUUUUAAUGCUUUUUAAUAUCAAGAUGUUCUAACGUGUAUGAAAUAUUUUUGUACACAAUUGUAACUAACUUAUCAAUCAAAAUGUCUUACUAGAGUAGUGUUUUUUUUGUAUUAUAACUGAUAUAAUUCCAACUUUUUAU